ACAUAUUUGACAGACGUCAAUAGUUUGGCGGCAAAACUUUAGAAAAAUAAAACAUAAAAGUUACUUGUUCUUUUCGUGUUAUAUAUUAAGUUUAUUAUCGGUAUUUUUGAAAAUGAAAUGUACAAUACCAGAAAUAUCGUGGCAUAACAGAGAACCAGUCCUUAGUGUAGAUAUUUAUCCAGAAAAUAAGAGUUUUUAUAGGUUAGCAUCCGGCGGUGGCGAUUGUCAUGUUCUUAUAUGGCAACUAAAUAUUACAGAAACAGGAGCUGUAAAUCAAGAAGUUAUAUCAGAUCUCACGAGACAUCAAAGAGCUGUAAACUGCGUCCGAUGGUCACAUUCUGGUCACUACUUGGCUUCUGGAGAUGAUGAUGCAAAUAUAAUUAUUUGGCAGUUAAAGGUUGAUAAUAUUCCUCUGUUAGAAGGUGACACAGGAGAUAAAGAAAUAUGGAUAGUAAAUAAAGUAUUAAGAGGACACAAGGAAGAUGUUUAUGAUCUCAGCUGGUCUAUUGAUGAGUCUAAAUUAAUUUCUGGUAGUGUGGAUAAUACUGCCAUUAUUUGGGAUAUAAAUAAAGGAAAACUAGAUCAUAUAUUGUCCGAUCAUAAAGGUUUUGUGCAAGGUGUUGCAUGGGAUCCAAAAAAUCAAAUUAUAGCUACUCUUAGUACUGAUAGAGUAUGUAGAAUAUUUGAUUCAUUGGGAAAGCAAGUCAAAGCAAGGAUCUGCAAAGGAAAAUUAAAUUUACUUCCAGACAACCACUCCUUAAAAGACAAAGAAGUGAAAUAUUUUCAUGAUGACACCUUUAAGUCGUUCUUUAGAAGGUUACAGUUCACUCCAGAUGGAUCAUUGUUGAUUGUGCCUUCAGGACAUAUUGAAGUAGAUGACUGUAAAAAAGUUAUAAAUGCUACUCUGAUCUUUAUUUUAAGUGACUUGUCUUCCCCUGUUGCCAUAUUGCCUUUGGGUGGUCAGAGUAGCACUGUAGUAAGAUGCUGUCCAGUUUUAUAUGAGUUGCACGAAGAAGCUGCCGACCCAUACACCAAAUUGCCAUAUCGCAUGAUCUUUGCUGUUGGCACCGACCACGACAUAUUCCUAUACGAUACUCAACAAAGCAUACCCUUUGCUAGGUUCCAAGAUAUACACUACACGAGAUUAACAGAUCUGACAUGGUCCCAAGACGGAUUGUUGCUUAUUGCAUCAUCCACAGAUGGAUUUUGUACGUUAAUAACAUUCGAACCAGAUGAAUUAGGAGUGCCUUGGACUAAACCAGAAAGCGACGUGGAAGACAGCGUUUUAAACAUAAGUGGAUGCGAAGAACUUAUCGACAACGAUGAAAAUGUUGAUGUGAAGGUUAAGCCAGAUGAAAAAAAUCAAGACGUUAAAGAGGAUAGUAAA